UCAUCGCGUUGCUAGCUUGGCAUGUCCUGAAAUCACUAGCAUGGGAUGCACUCCAGGCAAGACCCCAGAGGCUCCGAAAUUAGAUGACGAGCCACAGGGAGGAGGUAAGGUGCAACGAUUUGUGUCGCGCAUGGCGCUGCCUGCUCAAGGGCUUGUAUGCACCACUUUCGAAGGUGACGAGGAUGAAGACGAGGGCAAAACAGCAGUGGGACUCUGCAGCUAUAUCCUUCACAGCUGCACGGUGAAGGACGAAGCCUGUAACCUGAAAGCCACUGAGGGCUUGCAGGUGACCUUCCAUGGUGUGUUGAUCUUUCCACCUGAUGAUGACAUCAAGAGGCAGAAGAAGGGUGAUGCACCUAUUACCAGAGUCAGCCGAAGAAUGUCGCUGGUUUCAGCCCAAUCUUAUGACUCUCGCGAGGCGACUGCCAGUCAGCUGGACCGCAAUGGCGAUGGCAUUCCUGACUUGAUCAUAGACAAGAUCAGAGAGUUGGAGGAGGAUCCCAACAAGUACGUUCUCACUGUGGAUGUUGCUUCCGUCAUGUGGUAUAGCGGCGUCAACGAGUUGCCAGACGACCCGGUCGCGAACCCAUCAGCCGUGAUAAGAGGGCUCUUGCCAACGCCGCGGAUGCUUUCCGGAAGCUGGAAUUUGAUGGCCACAAGAGGCCUGAAAUCGAGCAAAACUGCUACCACCUUCAAGACGAAGAGCCACUCCAGCUUGAGCGUUUCUCACGAAACUGUGAAGGUCAAGUGCUACAGCCUCGAAGUAGAUCAAUUGGCGGAUGCCAUGUGUGCCUCCUGGUUGCCAGUGACCGACGUACUGGAGGGCAUCCAGACCGACCUUUGCGCCAAAGUGGCGUCGUUCAAGUGAACCAGCUGAGCUGUUGAACGGCCCACGCGUUGUCCCGCGUCUGAAGAUCCAGCGACACGAGUCGCAACUGGUAGCAAAGGCGUUCUGGAAUUCUGUGCCAGUAGGAUCC